AUGGAAUUGAAAAGAGAGUCCCGAUCUAGUGGUGAUACGCGUAAAAAGCAUCAUUUAAUUAAAAGAUUGAAAAAAGCAGCAAAAUUAGGUGAAAAACUAGAGAAUUUGUGUUCACGAGAAGCUGGUAAAGUCGAUACUCGGACUGUUUUGGAAGCUCAGGUUGGAACUGCUCAUCAAGAGACACUUUGCCAAUCAAUAAUUGAUGAUAUUGAUCCUAAUAUCCGUUACUGUGCCUACGUACUAAGGUUAGGUGCUGAUAGUGCUUCCGACGUAGAAGGUCUCGUAAAGAUGACUAUCGGAAAAAAUAAAGGUGUUGGCUUGGAUUUAUUAGAAGCCGAAGUGGAAGCAGCAUCACUUACAUCCAUAACUUGGCGAGGUCAUACUGUUCCACUCAGAAAUGCAGAUUUAGCGAUUUGUAUUUUGAAAGCUCAAGAUGCAACAACAAAUUUAGAAAACGCUUCUGAUGCAGAUGUAGAAGAGGCGACGAAAAUGGAAAUGUUUGACUCUCUUCUUGAGGCUUAUGGAGAUGCAGAAAGGUUCGCCAAAAAUGCCGUGAAAGAGGAUAUGGAAGCGACUGCAAAGGUCAAAUCUUCCAAAUCCGAACAAUUUUCUUCGGAUCUCAAUUUCGUUUAUAAUUAUGUAGCAUAUAACUACUUAAGUCGUAGAAUUCAACGAAAUUUGAUGCUUGUUGAUUCACUUCGACAUAAAUUAGAACAAGAACAUUCGGAAGGUGCUCGAUUUAUCUGUGGAAAAUAUCAAGAUAUUGUCAAAUUAUACGAUAAUGUGUUACAGGAUAGUUUAGCUUUGUCUCAAGAAAUUGAUGCAAAGAUUUGGUAUUUUAAAGCUUGGAGGACUUUAUAUGUUGCAUCUGCUUACGAAAUUUUAAACAAAGAUUGGGAAGCAAUAUCCCUACUUGGACGUGCCAGAGAGUACAAUUCUCAAGCAAGAAGUGCUUUGUCACAAGUAACUGUACCUGAUAAAGAUGAUAUAUUAGUGGUUACCUUAAAGGAAGUCGAAGAAUUAGAAAAUAUUAUUAGAAGCUAUAGGUGUAAAGCACGUGCAACGUGGCAUCUUCGACAUAGUGGAUCAGAUGAUUCUGAUGUAACAAAAAAAUUGGGCGAGUUGACUAUCGAUGAAAAGUCUAAAUCUGACGUUAAAGAAAUCAUUGAAGAGGUAAAACCUAAUUUUUAA